AAUCAGCUGAAAACUGUGGGGUUUUCAUACUGUGUGAGAAGUAGUCAUUUUAAAGAGCCAUCUUCAGAUGUUAUGAAAAAUAAAGCAAAGCAUUUCUUGAAGCAAAUGCAGGGACAUGUCCCUAUCCCCUUUUUUGGCUGUGCAUUUGCAGUGGAGAGUGUGUGGUCGAGGCACUGUGUUUUGGGGCCAAAAGACAAUAAAAGUAGAGAGUCUAGUGUACCUGAGCACUUGGAAGACCAUGUGACUCCUCGUAAGAGAUUGAGGAUCAUAGAUACUAGAAAAUCCAACUGCCCAGAGACUUUAAAUAUGAAGUGUAUAAGGGUGUAUCCUGAUUACAGUAUGCAUUCAGCAACUGAACACAGGGAUACCAAGGCAAAAAAACAUUUGGCAUUGCCGUGCCCGCCUAAGAGCUACCGACGUUAUUAUUUGACUGAUUUGUUGAAAUUAAUUUCACUGGGACACACAUACCAGGUCAAAUGAAUACUACAUCUUACCCCACAGAUAAAACGAUUUACAGUCACAUUUAUCGGACCCUUUAUGGUACAAAUAAAGUAUUGUUUGACGACACUAGACUGCAGAAUCAGGUUGAUGAGUGGCACAAAGACUCGAGCAAUCACUUGAUUUAUUAUAGACAUUGUACGGGAGCCAAUGGAGAAGUGAAACCAUUACUUUCUUGCUAUCAGAGCAGUUGGCAGAGAGAUCUUUUGAAGAAGUAUGGGGGUAGUUGUUUGUUAGAUGCAGCAUACAAAACAACAACAUAUGAUGAUCCUUUAUUUUUUAUAGCUGUGAAGAGUAAUGUGGGCUAUUUAGUCGUCGUUUUUUUUUUUUUUCCAUUCAGAUUGAAAAUGCAAGGUCCAUUCAUGAAGCACUAGACAUUUUCAAGGACUGGAACAAGGUUUGGAAUCCCAUCUAUUGGGUUACUGAUUUCUUGGAGUCAGAGAGAAAUGCAAUUGAGCAAGCAUUCCCUCAGACAAAAGUUUACUUGUGCCUUUUACAUCGAAAACAGGCAUGGGGAAGAUGGUUGAAAAAAAAAGGAUAAUCUACGUGUACCAAAUGACAUGAAGACAUUUCUGGAUAUGUGGCAAGAAAUUUCAGAAUCACCAACAGAGAGAGAAUUUAGAGAUCGCGUA